AUGGCCCUUUCAUCCAAGAACCUGAAAUCCCUUUCUCCCCUCCUGUUCCUCUUUUAUGCCCCUCUCACCUGUCUGUGCCAGUCAGCCAACAGCACCUCAACCAGUACCACAACCACCACCACAACCGUUUCCUCAAAUGUUACAUCCCUGAUCGGAGUCCGAGGCUGCGGUGACGGGCUGCAUCCCAUGUACAGGUAUCUGUGUGACCGCCGGGCAGCAUGGGGGAUUGUGCUGGAGACCCUGGCCACUGCGGGCUUCCUGCUAAGUAUAGGGCUCCUCUUAACCCUGCUGAUCUGGUCCCUGUGUGUCUGCAUCUCAUCCCGCCAAAAUCGCAACAACAACAUCGGAGGCAUGGUGACCUCCAUGUCCUUGUUCCUGUUGGCCACGGCGGGGAUCUUCGGCAUCACCUUCUCUUUCAUCAUCAGUCUCACCCCGCAGACGUGCCCCACUAGGCUGUUCCUCUUUGGCGUGCUCUUCUCGCUGGCCUUCUCCUGCCUGCUGGCUCGCUGCCUAGCUCUGUUGGGCUUUGCAGCAGCUCGAGGCUGGGGAGAGCCUGCUGUGGCUCUGGGGCUCUUCGCUGUGCAAGUUAUCAUUGCCACAGAGUGGCUGAUCAUCGUGUUGGUCCGGGAUAACAAGCGCUGCGAGUACAGCCAGGGGGAAUUCGUCAUGCUACUGAUCUACGUCCUGUGCCUACUGGCUAUCAGCUUGAUCCUUUCCCUGCACCUCCUGUGCCGCAACUAUUGCACUUACAGCUACAGCUACACAGGACCCAUCAACCAGCAAGGGAAGCUGCACAGUGGGCUGGUCUUCGUCACACUGCUUCUCUCUGCCUGCAUCUGGGUGGUGUGGAUCACUAUGCUCACCAGGGGGAACCCCGAGCUGGGCCGUCGGCCAAAUUGGGACGACCCAGUAAUUAGCAUUGCCUUGGUAGCAAAUGGCUGGGUGUUACUGAUUGGGCAUGGGUUGUCCCAGGUCGCCUUCUUCUGCAAUGGGGAGGUGAAGUCCAAGGAUCUCCCUUUGAGCUUUGCAGGAUGGACCAGCCCCAAUGCUGAUAUACCAGGACUAGGAAGCCAGAAGGAGGGGAAAGACAACGGAAGCUUUGAGAAUGACUUGGAGAACAAGAGAGGCCGGAGAGCGGAGCAAUCGCUGCGAUCGCCCUACGAGUCGGGAUUCUCCAUGACGGAAAUCGACACUGACAAAGAUUACACCAUUCCUCGCCCUCAGACCACCAACUACAAUGAACCCUACGAUGAAUAUUAUGGACGUGAAUAAAACCUUAUCUGAAUAAGGCCGUACACACACACGCGUACA